AUGGGCUCUUUCCGGUCCUUCAAGUUAGGUCUGACGGCCGCUGGCCUUGCACUAUAUUGUGCUACCUCCAUGCUAGAAAGCCAUGCCGUUAUCACAGAUCACCACAGGACUCCUGCUUUUCAGAAGGUUUCCUUAUCUUGCACCGAUGUAACAGAGCCACUGGCCACGCCCACACUGCACUGCUGCGUGCACAACGGCAGUGAUAAUCAGCCAGUCACAUCAGCACAUCUCGAGCCUGAACGCGAGGAGAAUGCUACUACGCAGGACGCCAAGCAGGACUCUGGUGCGGGAUGCGCCGCUUCCAGAGAUGAAGGAAUCUCCUCUCUCAUCAGUUACGAUCCGCUGCAGCCUAGCCCCACUAUGACUUUGGGACAACCAGAGUUGCUCUCCCUAAACAAGUAA